AUGUCCAUAGAGUGCAUACUCAUGACCAUCGAAGUGGAUGUUGCCAUCGACGACAUGGAGCUUGCUGUCGACGUUGCCAUAUCCAUAUCCAUCAUGAUGAGCGGCAAUAAAGCUGGUUGUGUUGUGAUCGUGCGUAAAUCCAAGAGCAAGAGAGGUAGAGAAAAAAGAUGGCUAAAGAUCGAGCCAAGCGAGAGUUCGCGCUCGCAAGGUGCUUUCUUGGAUCAGGUGGCGCACGAAGGUCGGGGGUUGAAGCGGUUGAAACAGUUCUUGACAAGCAAGUGA